AUGAGCUUCCACUACAGCGCAAAGGACAUCCACAUCGAGGACAACCACAAAUUGGUUGCUCUGCUAGCGGACAGCGAAGGAGAAAUGCAAGAGGCGUCCAUUGAUCUUAACGAAUACAUUGGAAACAACGACGGUUCCUUCGAGUGGGAGGGCCAGAACUUCUCCGAGACGGCCGAGGACGUUGAAUUCCACAUCGAGGGAGACGGCGAGGUGCCCGUGCUGCGGGCUAAAUUGAACAACGCGGACGGAGAGCCGGUUGACGCCGAUAUCAACCUUGCAGAGCGUAUCGUGAACGACAACGGUGAAUUUUCUUUUCAAUAG